GUUUUGACGAGUGGUGUGUUUGGUGACAGUCACCGCCAUUUGUCAGAAAUCAGAAGAAAAAUCCUGUGAAAAGGGCGAAAAGCGCUAAAAGGACGUGAAAUAAUGUGUCAGGGAGGUGCAGAGUGUAGAUAGGAGUGACCCAAGUACGCAUUGUGAGCGAUUGUGCGGUGAAAAACAGUUCGGCCAGGCCGAGAUCGUUGGCCAUUUGGCAGGCAGUGGGCAAAGUGGGCAGGAGAGGCAUUUGGAUGUUGAAGCAGUGAAAAACUUGAGUGAAUAAUGGUGGCAAAGUGUGGCCCCUCAUUUCCUGCACAGCCAUAGCCUCUGUGUUGCAUUGCGCCGGUGGGGCCCCCACGGCGAUUCUCAGGCCACUUUUGGGCGGAAAAUGCGAGCAGGCUGUGGCAAGUGUCUUGCGAUUGUCGUGAAAAUCGAUAAAAAUAAAUUGCGAGUGGCGAUUUGUUGAUUGUGAGUGGAGUUUUGGCGUGGAAAAAGUGCUAAAUUCGCGGUGAAACAUUCCCGGUUGCGGCAAAUUUUCACGUGAAACUGUGCAACAGAGUCUCCCCAUUGGCAUUUCCAUCGAAUUUCCGGGACUCUCCACGAACUUCCGCCACGCCAAAGGGCUAUGCUGGACUAAAGAUCCGGCGUGGGCGAUCCAGGGCAGUUUGUCUAGUGACCGGCAUCAUCCCCAAGUGAGGUCUGAGUUGCGUCAGUGUGAGAGACAGAGGCGAACAGCUAAGCCACCAGCGGCAACAUCUGGCGGCUCGACUGCAUCCAUCGGCAAGGGAGUGGUGCGAGGCGGACGAAUAAAAGGGGGAGAAAACCCAGAGACCCACACGUAGGAACUGAAGGAGAGACAGAAUGCAGCGGCGCGAGGGCAGAGACCAGCGCGAUGGUCGCGACCGUGAUGUUAACAGGCAAACAAGUGGCAUUCCGGGCGCUUCGUCGUCAGGAGGUGUUGGAGCGUCACGAGGCGGUACAAGCAUGUACUCAGCCAGGCAUUCAGUCAGCUCAUCAUCCGGCGUCCUGAUGGUGGGCCCGAACUUUCGUGUGGGCAAGAAAAUCGGAUGUGGCAAUUUUGGAGAACUUCGAUUAGGAAAAAAUCUAUAUAACAAUGAACACGUAGCAAUAAAAAUGGAGCCAAUGAAAUCCAAGGCACCGCAACUUCAUCUAGAGUAUAGAUUUUAUAAAUUAUUAGGAUCACAUGAGACCUCAUCAAGUUCGUCGACUAAUUCGAAUAAUCAACCUCCAGAGGGGAUACCAAGAGUUUAUCAUCUUGGAACUUGUGGCGGCAGAUACAAUGCAAUGGUAUUAGAACUUUUGGGUCCAUCACUAGAAGAUCUGUUCAAUGUGUGUGGAAGAAGAUUUUCACUGAAGACUGUACUGAUGAUAGCAAAGCAACUACUUCAUCGGAUUGAAUAUGUUCAUGGGCGCCAUUUAAUCUAUAGAGAUGUAAAACCAGAGAAUUUCUUGAUUGGCAGAACAUCAACAAAACGUGAAAAAAUAAUCCACAUAAUUGAUUUCGGACUGGCCAAAGAGUAUAUCGACUUAGAUACAAAUAAGCACAUACCAUAUCGGGAACACAAAUCGUUGACCGGAACUGCGAGAUAUAUGUCGAUAAAUACACACAUGGGCAGGGAACAAUCCCGAAGAGAUGACCUGGAAGCCUUAGGACAUAUGUUUAUGUAUUUUCUGCGAGGAUCACUGCCGUGGCAAGGACUGAAAGCGGAUACGCUCAAAGAACGAUAUCAAAAGAUUGGAGACACGAAGCGUGCCACUCCGAUUGAGGUGCUCUGUGACUGUCACCCAGAAGAAUUUGCUACAUACUUACGCUACGUCCGACGAUUGGAUUUUUUCGAGACGCCGGACUAUGAUUACUUGCGAAGACUGUUCCAGGAGCUUUUUGAUCGGAAAGGCUACGAAGACGACGGGGAGUUCGACUGGACAGGAAAAACAAUGCCUGCAAAUUUUUUUUCUAUGAGGCAAUUAAGGAAUGCACCUCCAUCGAAUGUUGUUAAGACGAAAUCUGAUAAGUCGACACCUGUUAAUUCCCUUCAAACGGGUCACGAAGUGGUUGUGUCUCCGAACCGUGACAGACAUACUCCUGUGAAUAAGGAAUGGGACCUAUCAUAUUUCGGAGAUCCCGAAUUUGAUAUGGAUGACUGCAUACUAAUACCAAAGACAAAUGCUAAGGGGAAUGUUGCUGCAUGGACCGAUGUUCCUAAGACUGGCGUGACACUGGGCAAUCUCACACCGGCCGAUCGACAUGGUUCAGUUCAGGUGGUGAGCUCAACAAAUGGUGAACUAAACAAUGAUGAUCCCACUGCAGGACACUCAAAUACUCCAAUCACUCAGCAGCCAGAAGUGGAGUUGGUUGAUGAGACAAAGUGUUGCUGUUUCUUUAAACGAAAGAAGAAGAAAUCAUCCCGUCAAAAAUGACUAGAAGCAGUGCAAUGCAGCCCAGAGAGAGAGGCAGUCACAUUGCUUCGUGCCACUUCACACUCAAAUUCACGGGACAGCGUUCUGAAUCCGAGUCAAGAUUUCGUUCAGGCGACUUCGCAGCAUACACUCCGUUAUCCAUCCGCGUCUGUUCUGACGCCAACACCAACAAACACUCCGACUCUUCCCUUGUAACCGCAGUGCUGAGGGUGAAUUAACAACAAGUCACAUUAGCUAAAUUGAUAGUAAGAGAGAUAGAGAGAGAGAUGAGCGAGGCAUUCGUGCAAGGAUAAGUCAUAUUCACACCCAAAAUGCACUUUGCCAGUGCAAAUAAUAGCGUACGUGCAUUAGUCACUGAAUCACCAGAAUAAUCGAUGAAUUUGAACCUCUUGUUUUGCUCAUUUUGAUAGAACCUCCUUCAUUGACAUGUCCAAGUGAUUCCUCAGAUGAUUAUGGCAUUUUCCUCCGCAGGAAGUUUUGUGUUUUAUCACUGAAAUUGUUCUGUUUAUGUUCCAGUGAAUAUAAUUGAGUUGGGUGUGUCUUCAAUUUAUUUUAUUUACAUAGAGAAGAAACCUCAAUUGGAGAAGAAUUAUUGCAUUUUCUUUAGUUGUGAAGCUCCUUCCUGUUCCUUAAUUCCUUCCAAUGUUUUAAUUUUAUAUUUUGUUCAAAGAAGUGCUUCGCAAGUGAUCAUUCGCUCGUUUUCCGUUCAGUAUAUGUCUUUAUUUAGGAGUAUUUUAAUUUCCCAAUAUUUUUUUUUAAACUCUCUGUUAAACGUGAUAAAUUAUAUGAAGAUGUUUAUAGUCUUUAAAAAGAGAGACAGAGAGAGAGAGAGAAAGAGAGCUUAAUCAUCGAUUUCGUUUGAAGGUGGAUGUUUUAUAGGAUGAAUUAUAGAUGAAGAAACAGUGCGAAGUUAUCUCAAAGACUUUGUGGUCGCAAACAAAACAGAAAGAAAGAAAGAAAGAUGAGAGGACGAAGAAUUUAACAAGUGGAACGAAAUAAUUAAAAGAAAAUAUUAAAACAAAAAAAUCUCUACUGAAAUGAAAUCAAAGGAAUAAACGAAAAUAGUUGCAGGUUCAGAGAAAAACAGUAAAAAGUGAAGAUCGAAGGAUGAACAAAAGUGAGAAACGUGAAUGUGUUAAAAAAAAAGAACUUUAAUUGUAAUAUUCUUAGGAAAUACUGUAUGUAAUUAAAUGAUAAAGAUUGUAUUUUAAUUUUUUGCGUUUAAAAACCAUAAUACAAUUAUUAUAUAACAUAAAGAACAUGUUACUAUAUACACAUAAGCAUAUAUGCAAGAAAACUAUAUUUUUAACAGGAAAUACACUGUGAAAGAAAUUGAUGGCAAAACACAUACCUUUAAAAAAUCAUACAAUAUACUGAAAGAGAAAAGAAUUCAUGGAGUAACGCGAGAAUUGAAAUGAUCAAGUAACUAAGCAGAAUAAGUGAAAAUAGGAUUAUUGAACAAAUUUCUGAAAGAAGACACGGAAACCUGCAUUGAUCGUUUGUAUUAAGAUGACUUGAAGGAGAUCUUUUAAUAUGUGUAUAUGUACAUAUUUAUAAUCAAUUGACUUUUCGUUGUUUGAGAACAUUUUUAAGCAUAAGAUGAUGAAAAAAAAAACACCAAAUUUCUACGACGAAUGAUAAAGUCAAUACGAUCAACUGAAUGAGCCACAAAAAGAGUAAAAAAUUAGGUAUUUUUUCGAUUUGUGAAAAGGAAGGAAUUUACUUUGAUUUGAAUUGAGAGAAAUAGCAAAGAAGAGUUUAGUGUUAUUUUUCUAGAUAUUGAGCUGGAUUUUACGUGAAGUUUGUUUUAAUCCGAGUGAGAGAAAAAAAAUCCCACACAUUCCGGCCAUCCUGAAUAUUUUAAGGCACUCAUUUCCCCACCAAAAGAUGCAGUGAAUUGCAGCAUAAAAGCGAUAAACAAAUCCGGAUUUUUAUACAUACAUUUCUCAGAGAGUCCAAUUAAGAAAUAAAACAGAGCAUAAAUAAUAGUGAAGGGAGUUAAAUGGUACAUUCAUUCACAAUGAAUAAUAAUAAACAGAGCAGACAAAGUGUGAGGCAGUGAGAGAGUUCAUUUAAUCAAACUGAAAGGAUAUUCACCAGUGGGAGACAGAGAGAGAGAGAGAGAGAGAGUGUGUCACAAGGAGAAAUGAUUAAUUGUUUAAUUGAAUGUGGAAAGUGAGUAAUUAAUAAAUGUCGCUGGCGCGUUGGAAAAAUAUGACUUGUCUCAGUGGGAAAAAGUGAAGUUAGAACAAAAAUUAUUAUAUUUUUUGCAAGCAAAGGAGAUAAUAAAAACCAUUCUUUUCUCUGUCUGAAAAAUUGAGGGAAAAGUGCUGAAAAUCAUGAUGUAGUAAUGAUGAAUUGUGAUUUAGUUGUCUGUUUUAGUUUUCACUUUUGUAGACUAAAACAAAAUCAAUUGAUAAAAUUAUUAAUACUUUCUUCUGUGGAUGCGAUUUCACGAUGAUCGUGUGACAAAAUGGAAAGGAAGAGAAGAGUAAAGUAAUUAAAAUGAAGAGAAGAGAUACUUCCAAAGCUUAAAAGUAUAAUUAAAGGAGAAAAAAAAUAACAUUUCGCUUGUUUGUUCUGUAAAUAUUUAUAUACAAAAUUAAAUUUAAAGAUAAACUAACAAAUGAAGACCGAUUAGGCAGAGGAAAAGAGUGUUUCGGACAACAAAUGCAAAGGAAAGAAAGAAAGAGAAAAUGAGCGGGAAAUUGGAUGGUAAUUUUCGAAGCAUCUUCAAUACACAUCAUAACUUAUAAAACUAAAGAGAGGAUAAAAGAAACCAAUAUUAAUGUGGAAAUUGACAAUUAAACUGUAUAAAAAGAAUCACUUCAAUUGAUAAGAGAAGGAUUGAUAAAAAAAAAACAUGAAGAUACUGUGGAAUAUUAUAAAUAAUGUGUAAGUUUUGUGAUAUUAGAAAAUGAAUAUCAUAAAGAAAGAAGAAAAAAAGUGAACAUAAAAUUACAUGGGAUUGAUCUCUCGUCUUCUUAUCAGAAUUGAAAAAAAAAAUAAGAAAAGAAAAUAGGAACACUGAGUUCUAUCUCACCAAACAUUGCAUUUUCCAUUGAUGAUAAAAAGCUGAGGAUGAUAGAGAAAUCAUAUUGAAUAAUAUUUCAUAAUUUUUGCUAACUCCUUUUUCUAAUUUAUUGUAAAGGAAACUACGUGUACAUAUGAGUUUGUGAAAAGAAAUCAGUUAGCCAGAGUUGUGCCAAUUUAUCGCCUGCACCUUUAUUUUCUCUAGCGUUGUUCCUUUAUUUUUUCUUGUUUUAAAUGCAAAAACGGAGAUGUGAGUCACAGAGAAAAAGGAGAAAAUGAUGAAAAAACACACACACACACAUACAAUCAAGGAAAAUCUUUGUGGUUUUGAACAAUGAGACAGAAAAGAAUAUAAAUAUUAGGUUAAUGAGUAUCUUUAAAAAAAUUGAGAAUCACAAGACUCAAUUGAAUUAAUUAAUUGUAAAUUUAAAUUACAUUUUACAGUGAAAGAAAGAGAGAGAGAGAGAGAAAGAGGAACUAUUUUAGUGAAAGAACAAAAAAUACAAGUUUAUUUAUUAAAGGCAAGAAUGAUGAAAAAAUGACGGAAUGAGAACAGUAUAAAAAAUUAUGAUUAACACAAUCUUACACGAGAAAUCGUGGAACAAUUGACUUUAAAAUAUCACUAAUAGAUUCUUUAUAUUAAAAAAGGAGGAGGAGAAGAAGAAGAAGAUAACAGAUUGAUGAAAUGGUAAAACAUACUUGACCAAUAAGUCUCUUUUUUGUAUAUGAUAAGAAUGAUAAGAAAUGCUAAACUGAAAAAUGUAUAUUAUGGUCCCGUUAUUGAUUAAAUGUAUUCAUUGUAAACUUAAAUAAA